UACUUGUCUAGAGGGAAGGUGUUCUAUUAAGUACCACUUGGCUGUUUAUUUCCGGUGAGAGGCGGAAGUGGCAUCAGGGGGCUUGUGGAGGUGACCGAAUGGCAGACAGCAGAAUCAUUUUGGAAAUAUUAAAUUAAUGCGGAACCGAAACAAACAAAUAUCAUCAUUCUUUUAGCUUACUGUGUAUAAACAUCGUCGCUGCCAUGGGAGCUCACCUGGGCCGACGGUAUGUCACCGAGACGGGUACCGAGCCGGACCCAUCGAGGAAAUUCGAGUUCGACCCCCAGUUUGGCUUUCCAGAGAGAAGCGAGAGAGAGAUGGUAGCAAGCCAGGAGCAGAUGAAUCUGGCCCAGUUGCCUUUGGAGCAGAGAGACUACUGUGCCCAGUACCUCCUGAAACUCAUGAAGUGUAAGAGGGACAACUGGCCCAACUUCCUGGCCUGCAAGCAUGAGAGACACGACUGGGACUACUGCGAACACCAGGACUAUGUGAUGCGUAUGAAGGAGUAUGAGAGAGAGAGGAGGCUCCAGCUGAGGAAGAAGAGAGUCGAGGCUCAGGCUGAAGCUGCAUGAUCAGUGCAUCCUCUGAUGCGUCUUCUUCUCUGUAUAUAUAUGUGCCGCGGCUCACAAUAAACAAUAUUGUUUAAGCUCUA